AUGACUUUACUACGGCUUCUACAAAAAGUCUUCUUGAGGAUGGUGAGCAUCACUACAUCCGAGACUCUGACCAUUAUCAGCACACUAUCCACAGCUGUAAUCUUGAUUUACAUUGUUCAUAUGAGGUUCCUACACCCCUUGAGCAAAUACCCUGGACCGUUACUUGCCUCCCUCACCAACAACUUCAAGGCAUACUAUGUUUACAACCUGACAUUGCACGAGAAGUUGCUUGAGCUCCAUAUGCAAUAUGGCCCCGUCGUACGCGUUGGUCCCAAUCAUCUGCAUCUCUGGCAGGGCGAAGCAAUUGCGCCAAUCUACAAGGGGGGUCGUAGUAUGGGAAAGACAAAUUUUUACGAUGCCUUUACUGCCUUCAACCCCAAUCUAUUUGGGGGCACCAAUGAGGACAUACAUGCCCUCCGUCGCAGACAGCUCUCCCAUGGAUUCUCCCAAGUUUCCAUCCAGCAGCUCGAGCCUCUGAUUGAAGGUCAGAUGAAGAUCCUCAUCGACAAGCUCCAGGUUCUCGCGAAGAAUGGAGAAGUAUUCGAUUUUAAGAACAUGCUUUCUUUGUAUGUGCUUGAUAUCCUAGGAGAAGUGGCAUUUAGCAAGGCCUUCGGUGUACAAGAUAGGGGAGAAGCAGAGGAGCUACAUGCUAUCAACGACCAUCUUCUGUUGGCAGGUGUCAUUGGUGAAUUAUCCUGUCAGAAUCUGUGGAAAGCGCUCGCGCGAAUGUCGCCUGUGUCUUGGAUGCGACGGUUGGUCAAGAGCCGGAAUAACCUCAAGAAUGUGUGUUCGAAUUGCGUGAAGUUCAAGAUAAACAAUCCAUCAGAGCGGCCGGAUCUGCUGAAGAGCCUUGUUGAAGCUGUUGAUCCAGCGACCGGUUCUCGCUUGACGGAACAGGAGAUCAACUCCGAGGCAUUUGCUGUUCUUGUUGCCGGAUCGCACUCCACCUCGGGGACUCUGACCCUUCUUCUUUGGCACCUUGUGCAGAACCCCGAAAUGCUGGCUGCUGUGCAAAAGGAAAUCCAAACACGCCUGGGGCCUCUCGCGGAUAACCAAAUUUCCUAUCCAAUCCAAGGCCUAGAGGCGUCCUUACAGUACACAAUGGCCUGCGUCCGAGAGAACUUCCGACUCAACCCCGUCUUCACAAUGCCCUUGUGGCGUCGCGUUGGGUACCCAGGUGGUAUCAAUAUCGGAAACCAUUAUAUCCCCCAGGGCACGAGUGUCUGUAUCUCCAACUAUGUUCUGCACCACAAUCCAGAUAUCUGGGGCGCGGACUGCGAAUCGUACAAACCCAACCGCUGGCUUGACGAGACGUACAACAAAGAAAAGGGCAAAUACCUAAUUCCUUUUAGCGUCGGACACCGCAUGUGCAUAGGGAGGAAUUUAGCCAUGACGAACAUCCUCAAGACGCUCACCACGCUGCUCAGUCAGUUCGACUUCCAACCCGUCGAGAAGCAGAGCCGGGUCUGGGUGCGCAGCUCGGGGAUUGGAGAGAUGAAAGGGGAAUUCUUGUGUCGGGUCUCAUUGAAGAAAUAA